AUGUAUCAUAUAUAUAUAGAGAUCGUGGGCGAGUGCGAGUACCGGGGCGAGGUGGUGUUGGUGACGCCGAGCUCGGCCAUGCCGCGGCGCUCCCUCUACCUCUCUAACCUGGACGACCAGCGAUUCCUCCGUUUCUCCAUCAAGUAUCUCUACGUCUUCCCGCCCUCCGCCGCCGUGGCCGCCGACGCCCUCAGGGCCGCGCUCGCCAAGGCCCUCGUCCACUACUACCCACUCGCCGGAAGGCUCAGGCACCACGCCGACGAUAAGCUUGUGCUCGACUGCAAUGCCGAGGGCGCGCUCUUCGCCGAGGCCUUCCUGCCCACCCUCACCGCCGCCGACUUCCUCCGUGCCGGUGCCACCGCCAAGCCGCACAAGUCCUGGAGGAAGCUGCUCUACAGAGUCCACGCCGCCACCUUCGUCGCCGUCCCGCCGCUCGUCGUCCAGACAGUACAGUACAUCGAUCGAACUAGUGCGUGCUGGUUGAGCUAGCUAGCAUUGAUAUUCAUCAUCGCCGGCCCGCCCUAUUGUACGUAGUACGAUCGAUACUCUACUAUGUGGAGAUAAGGGAGUAAUUAAGGAUAAUUAUUGAUGGUAUGAUAAUCUAUAGUAGUAUUAAUUAAGCACCCCCACCCAAUUGGUCCAUAA